AUGGCGGGUGCGGUGUCGAACCUGCAUACGCUCCACCUCAGAAGCCUCUUCAGGGACGACAUCGGCGCCGACGUGCGCGGCCUGCGCACGCUGUUCGAGCGGCCGAUCGCCAACGCCACCGUGGCCGACCUGCUCGUCGGUCAGCUCGACCUCAUGACGCGCGAGGUCGACAGCAUGGUCAGCCGGCUGGACGUCGUCGCUAACCGGACGGCCGGAGUCGACCUGAAUAAGGUGCCGGAGGAGACGCGCCAGUGCGAGAAGAUCAGGUGGGUGACGAACAUGUGUCUGCAGUGGUGGCAGAUCGUGCUGUGCGUGCUCGUCUUCCUCGCUAUCGGACGCUCGGCGCGCGGAACCUCCCGCGGCAUGCUCAUCUCGUUUGCUGCACUUGCUGUCUUCACCCUGCUCAUCUGCUGGGGCCAGGCAGGCCUGUACAUGGCAGGAUCUGUCGGCGGUGAGCGCUGUGUGUGAUCCACGCCUAUUCAGUCGAG